UUCUGAGUAAGGAAAAAAAAGAGGUAAGCCGACUUCCUAAUGUAGCUUUCUCCGGCGUGUUGUGAUCGUAGCUGGUGGCACGCCCGAAAGUAGCAUGUGCACAUGUUUGCUUCUGCUGGAGCCUGGCUCCCUUUAAUUUAUUUUAUUUUUCAACGCACUGAUUUGCCCUUGCUUGCUAAUAUAUCCUCCUCCACCAAAUCGAUCCCGAUGUGUUUUCUGUAACUCACUUUUCUUCCCUUAUUAUCAACCUGCACCCUCCUUUCAGAACAAACAAAAAGGAACCCGAGCGAACAGAUGCCUCAAAAAGGAAGCUCAGGUGCUGGCCCUACUUCCUCUGGUCAAUCUGGCCGAGGUGGGGGAGGCUCGAAGGGCGGGAUGACGAUGGAAGCUGCCUCGCGGAUCCAAUCCGCCGAAGCCCGCUCGAACGGAGGGCAAGUCUCCUCGGACGGUUUCGCGGCCAGAGCUGCUUCCGCCGCUACUCAUAACGCUCAAUCCUAGUCGGUAAGCUUCCCUCAACUCAUAUCUUGAUCCCAUGCUAUCAUCAUCCAUCCUAUCCCGUCCUCAGAUUGUCCCUCUUGUCUCUUGUUGUGAUCAAAUAAACAGUUCGUGUGCUGAUCUGAUGUCUCUUUACAUUCAUAUAUGGCUUUCCUUCUGGUUUUGCGUAAAAGGUCCCUCCCAUUGCCCUCCCAU